AUGAUGUUCCCCAGCCUCAUCGCUCCGCCGGCCGUCUACCCCAGCCUCCUGCGGCCCACUCCCACCCUCACCUUGCCUCAGUCGCUGCAGUCAGCUUUUUCCAGCCAUUCCAGCUUCCUGGUGGAAGAUUUGAUCCGGAUCAGCAGGCCCACCGGCUACCUGCCCAGGACUGCCCCCCCGCCCAGCAUGUCCCCCCCGACCUCGGCGGCCAGGACGGACUCGGGGACGCCGGAGCUCACCAGCUCCUCCUCUUCCUCCUCCUCCACCGGCUCCAGGAGGAUCUGUUCGCCGCAGACUUCCAGCAGCGACUCUACUUUCCUGAAAUUUGGAGUCAACGCCAUCCUCUCCUCCGCCCCCCGCGCCGAAACUUCCCCUGCGUUGCUUCAGAGCGUCCCUCCAAAGACUUUCUCCUUUCCGUACUUUGAAGGAUCCUUCCAGCCCUUUAUCAGAUCUUCCUAUUUCCCAGCCGCCUCCACCGUGGUCCCCAUCCCCGGCACCUUCUCCUGGCCGCUGGCCGCCCGCGGCAAGCCCCGCCGUGGCAUGUUGCGCCGUGCCGUCUUCUCUGACGUGCAGCGCAAGGCGCUGGAGAAGAUGUUCCAGAAGCAGAAAUACAUCAGCAAACCCGACAGGAAGAAGUUGGCAGCCAAGCUGGGCCUCAAGGACUCGCAGGUGAAGAUCUGGUUCCAGAACAGGAGGAUGAAGUGGAGGAACUCCAAAGAAAGAGAGCUGCUCUCUUCUGGUGGCUGCAGAGAACAGACCCUCCCCACCAAGUUCAACCCUCACCCCGACCUCAGUGACGUAGGCAAGAAAUGUACAGGAGAGGAGGAGGAGGAAGAGGUUCCCCCCGCGUGUCCACCCAGUCCCCGGCAUCCCUUAACCUACCACCAGUCCCCAGAACACCUACACCUGAGGGACAGACUGGACUCCCAGAUGUCUCCUUCUCCGUCCCAUUCUAGCAGCCCCAGCAAACCUUCAGACUUCUCAGACUCAGAGGAAGAGGAUGAUGAAGGGGAAGAGGAAGAGGAGGAGAUAACAGUCUCUUAGAUCACCCUGCCUGCCCCUACCAUCACAUAGGGACAUUGCAAAGAUGUAAAUAAACCAGAGUGCUAUAAAUUGAAGAGGUGAUGUCCCACCCAAAUGUCCACAUACUUCUCCAGUGCAGGUUCUUUGUCACAUAGCUGCAAGACUUUCUACUUAUAGGUAUUCCUUCCACCCCCCCCCCCGUGUAGAGGUUGUCAUAUUCAUAGCAUCCACUAACCUUUUCAUAACUCUCUCUGCUUAACAAUCAACAUUUGCUCAAUUAGCUACCUUCUCCUGAAGGCAAGCAACGGGCAGCCUCUUGCUUUAUAGCAGGGAGGAAAGUAUAUAGGGGGAAACUUUCCCCCCCCCAGAUAAGAAACAACAAAAACCCCAAUAUAGAUGCUGUGGCCGAUUUCACUACCUUUCAAGCAAAUUUCCAGCUACUGUUAAGAGUUCAAAACCCUGAAGACUGGUCUGACCUAGCAGCCCUUCUCUCCAAAAGUAAAUAACACUGAGGGACACAGACCAAACGCUGCCUCCCUCCUCACCCCAAACAGCACAGUAGUUGUGCAACGGAUCCUUUGAAAUCCCUGGAAUGAUUUCUAAGGUAUAAUGUAAGUGUGCCUUCUUCUGUAAUGGAGACCUUAUAUAUUUAUAUGUUUUUCAUUUUAAUUUAUGCAUCAAUAUUAUAUUCAAAGCACUGUCUAACCCACCUUUUUGCCCACAGGCUUGUGCUUAUUUUCCACUUUGCUUCUGCUAUCCAUGGUGUGGACAGAGGAAAGUGGAUACGCCUCUUUGAUUUUUGACUGAACUUUGCUGUCUUUGCACAGCUUAUAUGAACUGUACACUAUUUUGUACACUUACUCUGUAUGGAUGUUUUAUACCAAGGUUAUUGUGAAUGAAUAUAACAAUGGCUCAACAAGGUUUCUCUCCUUUUUUUUAAUUAAAUGACAGCUAAACUACAGACAAAUGUAGCUGUUUAAUUUUGUAACUUAUAAAGAAACGCUUUUAUUUUGUAUUUUA